AUGGACAGAGGAGGAGUCAGGAAACAAGGUCAGCAGGUGAGCCCAAGGUCGGACCUCACACGGCACCCGGAAGCUGAGGAUGGGACGAGGACCGGCGGCAUCGGGGUGACCUGGGCAGAAGAGCGCCAGGACUCUACCUCUGGGAGUCUGGGCAGGCGCGCGCUCUGGGGGAGGCCACCGCAAGCACCCCGGAGCACGGCAGGCCGGACCAGCCGCCCCUCGCCCGGCUGCGGCCCGAAGCUCGACCAGACCCCACAGCUCCGGCCCCGCCCACUCCGGGUCCGCCCCGCCCCGCCCCGCCCCGCCCCAGGCUCUGGCACCGCCCCUCACCGCCCCGCGGCGGCCCACUGCGCAGGCGCAGCGCGGGUGCCGGCCGUUUGGAGCGUGGCGCCGGCGGGCCCGCGGCUGGUUCUCUGUGAGGAGAAGAUCCGGGAGAAGAGCGGCCUGGUGCCGCACCGCGACUUGGCUGAACUUCAGUCAGUAUCGAUUCCUGGAACUUACCAAGAAAAGAUUACUCACCUAGGAAAUUCUUUGAUGAAUUUAACAGGUCUAAAAUCUUUAGAUCUCUCCCGCAACUCCUUGGUUAGUCUAGAGGGCAUCCAGUGUCUGGCUGUGCUGCAGAGUCUUAACCUCUCCUACAACUGCAUCUCCUCAUUAGCAGAAGUGUUUCGGCUUCGCUCCUUGAUUGAACUCACAGAUGUGGACUUGCGACUGAACCCUGUGGUCAAGACCAAGUCUGGCUACCGCCUGUUUGUUGUGCAUAUGCUCCCAAAGCUCAGGCAGCUUGAUGACCGUCCUGUGAGAGAGAGUGAGCGCAAAGCAUCCCAGCUACAUUUUGCUUCAGAGGAGUCACUCGACUCAAAGCAGAGCAUCCCAGAUGUUUUCAGAGCUGGAAGACCGCGCCGCUCCAGAGCCACGUGCACUGACCCCUCAGCCAAGAAGUGCCUGGUCAUGGACGCAGAUGAUGAGGCGGUCCUGAACUUCAUUGCUGAGUGCGAGUGGAACUUGGGCAACCCUCCUGGGAGCACAAGCUCCAGCCAGAGGGAGCGAGAGGCUGGCUUCCAUGAAGCCUCCACAGACCUUGAGGACUCAGCCCCUUCUUCUCAGACGUCAAGUUUGUUGACACAAAAGGGAUUGAAUCCUUUGCCUGCUCCCAACAAGCACAGGAAGCAAAGAAUGCCUGGCGGGAGAUUCCAGGUGCCUGCAGAUGAGGAGUGCCCAAGCUGCCCGGUGUGGCCAGGCAGGCCCUCCAGCCCCGAUGAGGGUCUGAGCCGGCAGAGCAGCUGGGAGGGCCAGAGUGGAGGGGCCUUUCCCCCCUCUGGGGUGCCAGAGCCCGAAGAGCAGUGGCCCCACGGCAUGAACGGCCCCAGGAAGGUGUCUCCCAAACCGCUGUCUGCUGUGCUGCCUGGGAAGAACGCUGCCCUGGAGGCGGUGCUUCUGGAGGCGCUCCUCAACCUGGUUGACAGGUACUGGAGCGGCUACAAGUCCCUGCACAGCAAUGAGAUAUUCCUUGCUCAGGCAAGGCAUAUUUUGUCAUCUGUUCAAGAAUUUACAGCAACUCAGGACAACUCAACAAUUAUGAAUGAGGAAAUUUGCUCCCUAACUCUUGAGAAAAAGUCUUUGCAAAGUCACGUUGCUGAGCAGCAGAACAGCGUGAAAAUGAGCGAGGUGCUGUCAGAGCUCAGCCAUGCGCAGGAGGAGGUGGGUGACUUGAGGCAACAUUUACACAAAUGUUUGGAGGAGAACAAUAGCUUAAAGUCUCUUUUGUUCAGUAUGAAAGAGGAAGUAAGAAAUGCAGAUGCCUCGGCCACAUUAAACUUGCAGAUCACUGGACUGCAGGCCGGUGUGAAGAAGCUGUCUGGGGAGAUGGCGGAGCUGAGGCAGCACCUGGAGCAUUACGACAAGAUCCAGGAGCUCGUUGGGAUGCUGCAGGAGAGUCACAGCUCCCUGGUCAGCACCAAUGAGCACCUCCUGCAGGAGCUGGGCCAGGCCCGCGUCCAGCACAGGGCCGAGGCGGAGCAGCUUCACUGGAGCUACAGGAAGCUCAGGAAGACCAUGGCCCUGUUCCCGCGCAGCAGGGACAGCAGCGCUGGGCGUGUCCUGGGCUCCCCUCCAGGCUCUGCCGGCUGAGGGUCUCCCACCUCCGUCCCUUCUGUUGGUAAUUACCUUGUGAGUUUUGAAAGGUAUUCAGGGCUGGUAGCUCAGUUUUCUAGAACAUCUGCAAAGACAGGAUUAACCGAAGCCCUUUGUUAAUCUGCUUGACAUGUUCUAAGAUGAGCAGAUGAAUUUUUCAUCACAUAUCUUCAGAUAAAGAAUAUGCAGUAUUUUUCUGCCUAAUGUGAAAGAGCUAUAAUGGUGAUGAAAGACUUUGUAUAAAAAGCAAUCCUAAUUUAAUAAAGUAAUAUAUUGUUCUGACAAGUGGGUCUCUAUAAAUCAUAGCUGAGAUUCUCAUUGAAUUGUUACCAAACACCGCCCCAAGGCUUAGGAGCAGGAACAGCUAAGUUCCCAGACUUAGAAGUCAUACAAUUGUGGGAAACAAAAAGUACUGUCCUUUGCUGUGAACACCCUGCAGUAGGGUGCCUGCCUCAGCCCUGCCUGGUUCUCUCCUGCUUGCAGUGCCGUUCUGAAAAUGAUGUCAUGACAGGCAUAAAAUUAGAUUUUUAGUUUGGAAACUUCAUAUCUUAUAUAAUACUUGCUUUCUUUGGUAAAAUAAAAGUAAUUUAAAAAAACGUUUAAGAUGUAACAACAGCAGGUCUA